AACAUGCGGGGUUGAGCCAAUAGGAGCACGAACCGAAGUUAUUGACAUUUCCCAUCCAGCCAAUGAAACGGACCAGGGAAGGAACACAUUAAAGCCCGGAGUUUUGGUAUAAAUAAGCGAACUAGAAACGGACAGACACAGAAAACAACGGCCGGACACCAUCAGUAGUGGCAAGGAGCAUCUCUUACUGCAAUAUUUUCAGAAAAAACCUUUCCCUCCAAAUAAGUCCCCGGAAUCUGAAGGAUCCGCGAUGAAAGCUGUCAGCCCGAUCCGAUCGGCCAGGAAACAAAGCAGCGGCGACAUUGUGCGGGGCCUGUCAGAGCAGAGCCUUGCUGUUUCCAGAAGCAAAACGCCGGUGGAAGAGCCGCUUGGCCUCCUCUACAACAUGAACGACUGCUACUCUAAGCUGAAAGAGCUCGUCCCCAGCAUCCCGCAAAACAAGAAAGUCAGCAAAAUGGAAAUCCUCCAGCAUGUCAUCGAUUACAUUCUGGAUCUGCAGAUCGCUUUGGACACGCACCCUUCUAUCGUUCUCCACCAAAGCCAGAACUCACCCUCCAGAAUGCCCCUGUCAACACUCAACACAGACGUUGCGAUCCUAUCCUUACAGGCAUCUGAAUUCCCCAAACAGUUGUUGUCGGACGACAGUAAGGCUUUCUGUCGUUGACCAACUGGUGUUCGCACAUCACGAGGCCUGAGCUGAUGCAGCCCCUGGAGCGAUCGUAGCCAAGUGGCCCAACAACAAUCAUUGACUGAAUGACUUUCUAAAUGAUCCUCCAAACUCCCUUUUCACCCGGCCUGAUCGGUUAUUUAUAAACGGACUGAAUGCCCUUUCUUCAUUUGGAAGGCUCGCAGUUGUUUUUUUUUCUAGUUUCAUUAUUAAUAUAU